AUGGCGCACGGCGGAGGCGCGCGGAAGCUGCGCGCGGCGUGCCACUCAAAUGUCAAGGAUGGCCGUGGGAAGAGGAAGACGGCCCGGACCGGCCGAGCCGCGAACCCCGGCAUCCUGCUGCCGCCGCGGCCUUAUUCCGGAGGCGGAGGCGGCAGCAGCGGCGGCGCGUCUUCCGGGACGGCCGGGGGAUCCGUGUAUGCGAGUGUGCCGGACGGCUCUCAGCGCCUCGGUGUGGUCCACGCGUCGCCGGCUGCCACCCGAUGUCGCCGCAGCGGCCGGUGGUCCGCAGCCAGCCUGCCCCGCCUGCCGCCCACGCGGGGCGCUACAAAGCGGCCGACACCGCCCGCCGCCCACCGGCCGGUGUCGCGUUACGGCGACGCGGGCUGGUACCCGAUGCGACACGGCAGCAGGCCAGGGCAGGGUAGGGGCGCCGGGCGGCCUCAGGGGCACAGCACGGGACAGCACAGCAGAGCGCGCAUACCGCCGCCGCCUUUGUUCGAGCCAGCGAUCCGCCGCCCGCAGCCGUAA